AUGUAUAAAAAGUCCAUCAUGUCUCCAACGUCAAGAUAUAGAGUCUCGGCUAUCUUUACUAGCCUCUGUGCGUAUCCCUCGGUAUCUUCCGAGCUUCCCGACAAACGCUCAACAGUCAAUUCUCAUUCAUUUUCAGCCAUGCAUUUCUCAAUUCUGCCCCUCAUAACAGCGCUCUACGUCUCCUCCGUGACGGCAGAGACAUUCUUGCAGAUUGGAGAUGCGUGUGCCGCCAUUGGAGAUCGCAGAUGGCAAUCCAAUUGCAACGCUGCCGACACAGACAGCUGCAGAAUCAUGUGCAGCGAUAAGUGCCAAACUGAUCAGGGACGCUGGAUGGCGACGCCGAAAGGUGAUUGCGACUGCUACUGCAAUUAG